AAGUCAAGAGUUUCACGAAGGCAGGCACAUGGUAACAUUCAAAAAUAGAGACGUUCAAAACAGGAAGGCCUUGCUCGCACAGCUGUACACUAUAUCUGCGUAUAUAUGUAUGCUUGUAUGUAUUCAUUAGAAAACUCACUUACUGUGUCUAUCUCUAUCUCGCUCACUGAUCGCCCCAAAGCAAGAUGGUAUAAAGGCAGCAAUCUCUCUCACUCGGAAUUCAGUUGGCAAUUAUUAGGCAAACUACAAAAAACGGGGAAGCGGAUUCCUAGACAAGAUUUCAUACCUGAUCAAAAUGAGUUCCAAUUCUCUCUUCGAAACCGAAGAAGAUGUCGCUCAGGCAAACAAAUUAUCCCGGAAGGUGAAGGAAUCGCCCUUUAUGCUGGUGGGUAUUGCCGGAUUUGUGGCCGCAGGUUUGGUUGGAGCCUACAAAUAUCGGAACCGAGGCACCAUGAGUACCAGCGUCUUUUUGAUGCAGCUGCGUGUGGCUGCCCAGGGAACAGUCGUCGGAUGUUUGACCGCCGGAUUGGCCUACACCAUGGCCAAGGAGUACCUGAUCCACGAGGAGCCGCAAAGCAUUACCAGGCCAGACGAAUAAAUAAAUAAAUAAGAGUAGUAUUAUGAGGUGUAAACCAAGUAAACUAUAAGUAUAUCUGUGGCAUUUCUCAGUGAACAAAUGGUAGAACAAAUUAGCCUAGAGUUUAAGAAAAGCUGCAAUGUAUUAGCCACCAGAUUAAUCUUAUUGUAAUUAGUUACCCAUAAAGAAUGUUUUUACCAAAGAACCUAACUUACAUUUUAUACCGUUGCAGUAAUAAUGUAUUAUAAAAAACUGAUUCAUACCGAACAAGAAAACUUUAUGAUCGAAACCAACGAUGUUGAUCAAAUAAAAACAGAAAUUUUA